GUUAACUUGAAUUAUUACAGCUAUCUGGUUAGCAAAAUGCGUUGUUAAAAUAAUAUUUAUGUAUGUUGUAUGUGGCUCUUGAUCCAUGUUUUGGUGAUUUUUCUAUUGCUAGCAAGCUCGUUAGCUGUAAGUUCAGAGGAGCGAAGGCUAACUCUGUAGUUAGCCAGUCCAGCGAGCUAGCUAACUACCGCUUAGUGCCAUAGCAUAUAACGUCAGCUGGUAUUUUAACUAGCUUGUGCUAGCUGGGUAACAGGUCAGCAGUGCCAAGCUCACAUUCAUAAAUGUCCACCACCUUGCAGAAGUUUAAGGAAGGAUUUAUUGUUAGUGAGAGGAAACCCAACUUAAUUUCACGACUUCAUUGAAGGUGUUGAGGUUCUGAUGAUUCUGACAAGGCGGGACCGUGGCCUGGUGCUGGGGUAAGAGGUAGCCACCGUUAGCAAAGGGUGAGGUACGGGAAACCUAGUCGGGGAGUAGAGUUAUGGGAGCUACCGACGUAGCAGAUGACAACUAACUAGUCUACAAAGCUUAGCUGGAUUUGUGGUCCAUUGAAAGAUGCCAAAAAAGAAGACGGGAGCACGCAAGAAAGCUGAAAGCCGGAAGGAAAGGGAGAAACAGAGUCGUGCUAACAGGGAGCAUGUCGAUGUGGCCAAACACCCAUGCAACUCUGCCAUGGAGUGUGACAAGUGCCUGAGACGUCAGAAGACCAGAGCGUUCUGCUACUUCUGUUCUUCUGUACAGAAGCUGCCCAUGUGUGCGCAGUGUGGAAAAACAAAGUGUAUGAAGUCUUCUGACUGUGUAAUCAAGCACCCAGGGGUCCACAGCACCGGAAUGGCCAUGGUGGGGGCGGUGUGUGAUUUUUGUGAGGCCUGGGUCUGCCACGGAGCGAAGUGUCUGAACACACAUGCCUGCACGUGCCCGCUGUCGGACGCGGACUGCAUCGAGUGUGACCGCUGCGUCUGGGAUCACGGCGGCCGGAUAUUUCGCUGCUCCUUCUGCCAUAACUUCCUGUGUGAAGACGAUCAGUUUGAGCAUCAGGCCAGCUGCCAGGUUCUGGAGGCGGAAACAUACAAGUGUAUUUCCUGUAAUCGUCUUGGCCAGCACUCUUGCCUCCGCUGCAAGGCCUGCUACUGUGACGAUCACGCCAGGAGUAAAGUGUUUAAGCAGGAGAAGGGGAAGUCUCUCCCCUGCCCCAAGUGUGGGCACGAAACGCAGGAAACUAAGGACCUCAGCAUGUCCACCCGCAAUCUGAAGUUUGGUCGGCAGAGCUGCGCAGACGAUGGGGGCGGAGCUUCGGGGUACCACGCCUACUGGAAAAACCUGGCAUCAGGAGGAGGGGCUGACGAGCAGGAGGAAGAGUACGGGGCGGGAGACGACGACUACGAUGAGGAGGACGACGACGACGAAGAGGAAGACGAGGAGGAAGAGGCGGACGCAGAGGCGGCUGGGCCCUUCGCCGCCCUCAGCCUGGGAAACUCUCCGUACGGAGAGUGAGCCUCAGGAGAGGAAGGGCUCUUUGUUCCUCCUGCACCAUGCUUUUCUGUCCUUCUACAGCCAGAGUAAUAUCAGCUGUGGCUCAAGUGUCCAUAUCAUUUAUGUUAGCAGGCUUUAUUUGAACAUGUUUGUCAUGUUGUAUCAUUGUGUUCUUCCUGCUUAUAUCUGAGAAGGCCUUGCUGUGUUCAGCCGGGGGUACUUUUGUUUUGAUUGCGAUGGUUGGCAGGAAGAUUUAGUGGCUUUGUGAUGCAUACUUUUAACGUAAUUUAGUUUCACCCAAAGGGGGUCAGUGACUGAUUGUAAUUAAGUGUGGUCAGCAGGAGACUGGUCUGUGUGGGAGAGCACAUGGCCAACUUAUCAAGUUAUAAUCUAGUUACAAACACACAAACGGCACAGGAGCAAAGUGGCACAUUAGUGGUCGCUUGUUGGGAUUAACUGUUCAUUUACUGGUGACUGUAUUUUGUUCUGCUGAUAUAACAGAAACAAGGUUAUAAUUAUGGGGGGAAAAAACAAUCUGGUCAUUAGUUAAUUUUGCAGACCAUAAAAGCAUAAUGUUGAUUUAGAAAUAAAACUGAAAAUUGGACUUUCUUUUGGAAAACUGAACUAUCAAAACGAGACGGGAUGUGUUUUCAGUUCAUUUCGAUACCUUUUUGGGGAGAAACUUUCAAAAUGAAUCAGGAUGUGUACUGAGUCAAGGUCUUACACUAUCCAGGGACAGCCUUCCAAGAACAUUUCCCAAAGCCACAGAUCCCUCCUAUAGUUCACAAAGGUGGCAAAUUAACUGAAAGUCUAUAGUCUACUGUUCCACCCACAGCUCCACACACACAGUGUGUUAGAUACAAGAUCACUGUCUACAUUUGUUUUCCAACAACCAAUAUUUCCCAAAUAUGUAUCAUAACAGUUUUAAUCAAUAAAGGAUUACAUUUACCCAA